CAUGAGAAUGCUUACAAUAAGGAUACAUCUCCAAUAUGCAGUCAAUACUGACUUUUACUUCGUGCUGUCAAGUUCUCCUGCUCUUCGCAAGUACCUAGUUAUUUUUCAAGUUUCUGUUUUUGCGUUACGAUUUUUGAUCGUGAGUUCCAAGUUGUGUCGAUUUUCUCGAGUAUUUUUUCUUCCACUUUUUUUACCAUUGAUACGAUGGCAACUCCAACCAUUCCGCUAACAGCUUCACCAUCCACUCUGCAGCAUUCAGCUACGCUCAAAACAUCGAUGGCUCUAUGGGAGCACAAAAUCAAGCAUAAUAAGUCAACAAACUUACUUCAUCUAAGUAACCCAUUACCUACGGAUGAGGUUCCACUGCCGAAUGUUUUGAGGAAGAGACUGGACGCGUACACCAAAUCAAUGAAAAAUCAGAUAUGGGAUUGGAUGACUUUCCACUCCAAAAAUGUUUUCCCAGAGAAAUCGAUGGCUUACCCAUUAUUAUACCUGAAGCAUCUGGUGUGGUACGACGAUGGUGUCAUCGACUAUAUUUCAACGGCGAAGAAUUUACUCAGGAAUCCAGCCUUGUCCGAUUCGGAGAAAUCCAACGUAGCCAAAGUCUACUUUUUCCUCGACUUCAUGUCCGAAAUGUAUCCGCAUCUACCAAAGGAUGAACUGAAAACGUGGUUUUCACCGGCGGAAAAAUUCAACGCCUUCAAGGAAAUUUCUCGUCAAGUAUCCGGGUACAAUCUUCUCCGAAUCCACAAAAGGAUGGCCGAAUUCAUGACUUGGUAUUUCAGCGAUAAUAGAUCCGACAUUAUUUCGUUCACGUUUCCGAGGCUUCGGGAGGUCCAAGGUUCUAGCGAUGAGAUCUUGGUAAGGACGCUAUUACUAGGGUUAGGAUAUGGUGUUCCUCUGCCUGUGUGAAUAUAAAUUUUGUACAACUUUUAAUUAUAUGUGUUUGAAUUUGUUAUUUAGUAUUUUGUGUUUAGAAUUAGGUCUAUGUAAAUAUUGUCAUGUGUACAGUGUGCAUACUUUUUUGUAAUAGGUAUGUUAUUAAUUUUUUGUCAAUAUUUUCUCUUUAUUCGUAUGUAUGAUUUUUAUUUUUUACUGUACAUAGAUAGUUUAAUUUUUAAUAUUUGUUUUGCUAAACUGGGCUAAUUUUUAUGUUUAGAAUUAAGUGUAAAUAUUUGCGUGUGUAUUGUAACAUCUUUAUUUAUUGUUAAGAUAUACUGAUGUUUUACUUAAUUUACCUAUUAAUACCCUGUGUAUGUAUUUUAGAAAUCGACUUUGAUAAGUUGAAUUUAGCAUUCUAUUGAAAACAAACCAUUCAAUAUACUAUUUGUAAUAACAUC